GGAUGGGCGCGGGGGCGCCGCCCUCAGGCGAUGCGGAGAACUGGGCUCUCUCUCUUUAUUUCAGGAUUGGGAAUCCAUGCCACACUCACCUGCCUGCUCGACUGAGGAAUUACCAUGGUAAAGGGAAACGAGGAAAAGGCCAAGGCAAGUCUCGCAGGAAGAAACAGAAGAAACCGGAAGUGGACGUUCUCAGCCCUGCUGCCAUGCUGAACCUCUACUACAUUGCUCACAACGUGGCCGACUGCCUGCAGCUGCGGGGCUUCCGCUGGCCAGGUGCUCCCAAAGCAAAGAAAGGGAAAAACAAGACUUAAUAGCAUUUCACAGAGAGCAGAACUUGGGGAAGAGGAAUCAGGAUAACACAACUACUGCAAGCAAAAUAGACUUUACUGAAGACAAUUUGAGAUGCAAGCUAAGUGUGCUUUUCUAUGGUAGUUAAGGAUAAAGAAAUGCAUUUUACUUGCCAGCUAAAUUCAGCUAUAGUUAGAAGAGGUCAAGGGGGGAAAAAGUCCGAGUAAUUCCUACCAAGCGUGGUGGAAUUGAUAGGACUUUAAAAAUUAUUAUAAUUCUGGGUCAGAAUAAACUUUGUUCUCAAAAGGCAGUUCUAGCCUGCAUGAAUGAUUUUCUUUUGCCUAAACGGGUUUGUUACAUAGAAAAGGCAUGCCUGGGGCACCCGGGUAGCUCCGCUGGUUAAGUGGCAGACUCUCCAUUUUGGCUCAGGUCUUGAUCCCAGGGUGGUGAGUUCAAGCCCCUGCCUCAGGCUCCACGCUGGGCAUGGAACCUACUUAAAAAAAAAAAAAAGACAUGACAAAAAGCACAGGAUUUGCUUAUGAACAGCCUUCUCUUGGGCACUGUUUCCUUUUUUCAUCUUUUUCGGGAAAAAUAAUGAAUACUUUGUUUCUAUAAUUUUUUCUUCUCAGCAGUCUGACUCUUGGCUGAUUUUAAUUAGCCAGGGAUGCCGGUGAAGACUGAGAUCAUCACUCUGACCUUGCUAGGGCAUAUAAGCAAAUGACUCAAAGGAGCUGACAAGGAACCGUGUCCCGGUGCCGGGAAAGGGAGCAAAUCAGCACACAUCUCUCCCUUCUUUCCAUUUCACUGGACUCUUCCCCACGCUUUUCCUCCACACUUACAUCUUCCUUCCACCUUCUGCGGGCUUCCUUCUAAACGUGGCUGACCCUGAGUUAUGGAACAGGUGCUAGAAACUUGCCAUGGGCAUUCUGCUGCUAUUCCAUGAUCCACGUAAGAGAUAAAACUCCAGUUCUUUCUCUUCAGUCCAAAAGGCCUAAAAGCCCCAAAUGUGAAACUUGGAAGGAAAGGCAUUUGAAGUAUAAACACCAUCUCUGAAUCACCUAGCAUCCCGUCCCUGCUCCUGCUGUGUCUUCCUGGCAUGUCGCACCACGCUCCCAGUGCUGACAACCUGCACUGGGCUCUCCAGUCACAGCUGUGGGCCUGAAGUUGACGCCUCUAAGGCAGGGAUGAUCUCGUUUGUCUGAAUUGCUUGUAACGAUGCCGCAGGUUGCCUGGUGAGGCUCUCAGAGAUUCACGAAGUCUGCUAAGAAAGGCUGCAACCUAGGACUCUGGAUUUCAUAAAUACCAGAGGAAAAAAGGCAAUCACACGAAUCCUUGUACUAGAGAAGUGGGGUGCUCGCGCUGCACGUGAGCUUGCUGUCAGUGACAUUCCUCUAUGGCUGUCCCACCUGCGCAGACGUCGUGUGAGACCCUGACUAGUGGCCAGAGGAGCCCUCGCUCGCUCGGGUGAAGGUUGGUGCUGCUCUUAAGCUGAAGGGGGGCCCUGUGGGUUCUCUGUGGACGGGCUUUGGAAAGGGAGCACCUUCCCACUCUGCUAGACACUGCCGGGACGGACCCAAGUGGUUUCUGUUUGUGGAGACGCAAACUCCAGUUCAGUCCUUCCCGAACCUGAGCAAGCAGCACCUGGAGGACGUGUCAAAGCGCACAAGGAUGGGAGUCGGGAAUUUGCUGGACCGCAUCCGGGGAGGAGCUGGGCUCUAGUUAAUGCGGCCUAACCAGGGGCUGAGAUGCUUGUUGAGUCUUUCAACUUGUAGGGUGUCUCACGCCCUCCUCUGCCUCGCUCGGCUCGGAGCUUGUAUCUGAGCAGUAAUGCUUAUUGGAACGCUGGGGAGGUGGCAUUUGCAGAGGCUUUUUCUGAUCUUGUCCCCAGCACGGAUGACAUCAUCUAGGGAGCUACAGAGACAUGCCAGGCGGCAGACAUUUAAAGGCUAAGAAGAUCAUCUGGAAGUGGAAAUGCUUUCUUCUCUUGAGAUGGUUAAACGAUGAGCAGAAAGGCUAUUUAGCACUGGAAUCGAGGAAGUACUAAUGGGAUCUGAUGGGGCACGGUUUACACCGAGUGGAGGAGGCUGAUGCGCAGGUCCCGUCAUGAUAGGGGGCAGUUAGUCUCUGUUUCCCCUUCGCUGGUGUGUCUGCUGUGUUAUCAUGGCAGAGACACUGCAGACCAGAAGUCCACAAAGAACAUUACUGGGAAAGUGAGGAAAAAAUGAAUAUAGGCUUAAAAUAAUACUGUAUUGAUGUAAAUUUCUUGGCCAUGAUAAUCUUAUCGUGGUUAUAUGCCAGGAUGUUCUUGUCCUCAGGAGCUAAAUUAUUUAGGUGGAAGGGUAACGAUGUAUGCAACUCACUUUGAAAUGCUUCAGGAAAAAAGUGUGCAUAUAUGUGUGUGUGUAUAAAAUAUAUACUUUAACAUGUUG